GUGUGUGUGUGUGUGUGUGUGUGUGUGUGUUUUUAGCUUUUAUCUUAUCUCGUUGCAGGAUUUCGAGAUCUGGAAUGUUUGAUAGUGUCUUUGAUAGGUUUGAUAGAACUUGUCACAAUGACAGCGACGAUGAACUGGAGCAGUUUGGGAUCUCUUCGACCUUUCCCAGUCUUCCAGCCAGACAAAGACGUGUCUGACCUUCAGGCUGCCUUUGAACAGAAAGAUGUGAGAACUGUGGUGAGGAUCCUGACGAGCCGCAGUAACGAUCAGAGACAGAUCCUCGCUCAGACGUACCGCUCUGUCACUCAACAAGAUCUCAGAGUGAGGCUUGAGACGGUUCUGGAUGGAGGUGUAAAGGUGCUGAUACUCGGCCUGAUGAUGACGCCAAAUGAUUUUGAAGCUCAACGUCUCAGACAAGCCAUGGAGGGUCUGGGUACAGAUGAAGAAACCCUUCUAGAAAUCAUGUGUUUGAGGUCAGCUGAGCAGCUUUCUGACAUUGCAGCGGUGUACACUAAAGAAUAUCAGCGUGAUCUGGAGAAGGACCUGACCAGUGAGACCAGUGGAGAUCUCAGGCAGCUGCUCCUGGCUUUGCUGAAGAAGAUGCCCGUGUCUGGGAAUGUGGACCAGGAUGUUCGAGUUCUCUGUGAAGAGCUCAACAACUCGAAGGCGGACGUCAAGCCGUGGCUUCAGAUCCUGACCAUGAGAGAUCCAGACCAUCUCAGAAGCGUGCUGAUUCAUUUGGAAGCUGAACGAGGCCAGACUGUUACUGCAGAACUAGAGAAACACUUUGGACUCCUCGACAGGGACAUCAGACUGGGCUUACAGGUGCUAGUGAGCUCCAUCGAGGACCCACAUCUCUACUUGGCCCAGAGAAUCCAGCCUAUGAAAGAGUCUGUGGUGCAAGGAGUAAUAGUGUCUCACAGUGAGGAGGAUCUUCUGGCUGUUAGAGUAGCAUUCAAGAAGAAAACUGGAAGAUCUCUUUACUCCACCAUACAGGACACGUUUGAGGGAGACAUCCAGCAGAUUUUGUUGGCAUUAUGUCGCUCUGAAGACUGAGACGUCCACAAGCUUUAUCGAGAUUCAUGUUCAUAUGAGCCAAACAAAUAAAGUUUUAUUUCUGUGAACUGCUCA